AUGGAAAUUUAUCCUCCCUCUAACACCACCAGCGUCACAAUCAUCAUCAUCACCAUUAUUGUCAUAAGCAAAACCUUCAGUGCGACAACAAUCAUAACUGUAAUCACCAUCGACACCAUUACUAUCAUCAUAGUCAGUAAUCCUAAUUAUAAUCACCACGGGCACAACCACCACCGUCAGUGUCAUGAGCAACCUAUAAUCAACAAGCAUCAUCAUCAUUGCAAUCAUCGUCCUACCAGCCAUCGCAAGAAUAAACAUCAUGGCCACUAUCAUAACUUCCUUCAUCUCCACCACCGCCUUCACCUGAAUCACCGCCACUAUCACCACCACCAGCAACAUCAUCGCCACAGCCAUCAGCAUCACUAUCAUCGAAACCACCUUCCCCGUCAUCAUCAUGACCACCCCCUCCCUUAUCGCCACCGCGUUCCUUCGAUUGUUCCUUUCCUAAUUCUCCUACUCUUCCUUUUCUUCUUUUCCUCCCCCUCCUCCUCCUCCUCCUCCUUCUUCUUCUUCUUCUUCUUCUUCUUCUUCUUCUUCAAUAAAAAGGCCUCUAAGCUUGAUCUCCACCAACCUCUCACUUUCAUUCCAGUUUUCAUUCGAUCCACAGCUUCUUUCUUCUCUAAUAAACGAAUCAUGGCACCUCCAACCCUUUAUCUUCUCUUAAUCCUUGUCCCAUUUCGUUGUUCUAGGCCUCAAACACUUUCCAACGCCACCCGGCAUCGUCUCUCCGAUGUAUUGCGUGCCGCUUCCCUGGUCAUCCCAGCCCAGGGGAUAGCCGAUUGCUUGACCAGCUGUUAA